AUGGUAACGGUUAGAAGCGCGGGCGGCGCGCCGUGGUCUGUGAUUGGUCGGCGCGAUGCAUACGCCUGGAUCGAUUUUGGAGGCACGCUUUUGGCGGUACGUGUGACCAACAUAUUCCUGGUGAACCUGUCGGUAGCAGAUUUGCUGGUCACUCUCUUCUGCAUGCCGGUACAGAUCGCGAAGUCUGUCACACUGCUGUGGUACUUCGGCGAAGUCAUGUGCAAGACUGUUAAUUUCCUGCAGGGUGUGGCAGUAGCUUCCAGCGUAUUCACCAUCACAGCCAUGUCGGUAGACCGAUACUUGGCUAUCACACAGUCUCUGAGGCAACCCUGGAUGCCAUCCAGACGAGGAGCCUGCAGCCUCCUCGCUGCACUGUGGCUAGUGGCUCUGAUGAUAUUCGCGCCACUACUGGGGGUGGCAGCGGUGGAGAGGGAGAUGGUACCGUUGCUGUCCAGAACUAGAAAUGGAUCGAGGGUACAGAUGGGAUUUUGUACUGAAAAAGUGCUUGAUUCCAUCAGAGAAGAGCUAUUUGGCACGUUUAGUUUUAUUCAUU